AUGACGAUUCCGGGGUACAAGUGGAGGACCUCAGGUUGCCUAGUCCGACGUGGAGAGAGAUGGGAAAAGUGGAGCCCGCCUGGGGUGAUCCGGUUGGGUGCAUCUCGGCCCGCACGUGCGGCGAUUGGCUGUCUGUCGGACCGGGGCUACUACACACAUCGCAUCCACACCCACACCUGGUGCCUAUGCUCCGUUUCCGAAGAUGCUGGCAAGCGGCACGGACGCAGAUUCGGUGACGACGACGACGACGAAGAAGAAGAAGAAGAAGAAGAAGAAGAAGAAGAAGAAGAAGAAGAAGAAGAAGAAGAAGAAGUAGGAGAGUGUGCUGCUUGA